AUGCCUCCGGUUCCAGCGCUGCCUCAGGAGAGGAGAAACGUGGAUGAUGAGAGGACCGUCGAGGAGAGCCCCGAUUUCUCCAUCCUCGCUGUCCGAAUCCUUUUCGCGGUGGUGUGGAUCGCCAUCACGGCCGUCGUUACGUUCGCGACGGAGAAAGAAUACAACGCCCCGGUGUCGUACCCAAACUGUGGGCCACUGCAGGGCGUCGACGAGGUGUUCGAGGAGCGGAGGCUGCACGUCUACUACGGCGUCCCUUUCAUGCGGCCAGCGCUGCUCCAAAACCGAUUCGAGAGGCUCUCCAUACUGAAGCGACCCUGGCCGUUCCUCCUGGACGCCCGUAACCAGAGCCAGUCUUGUUCGCAGCCGUCCCUGAACGUCGGAAAGAUGACCCUGUACAACACGAACAGCACCGACGACUGCCUCUACCUCAACAUAUACCUGCCCGCACGAAAGCAGUCCGAGAGGAGCACGCCCGCCUAUCCCAUCAUCGUGUUCAUCUAUGGAGGCGGCUACCACUCCGGCAGCAACUCGUUUCCUUUCUAUAGCGGCAAGUACCUGGCCGCGCUCGGAAAUGCCAUGGUCGUGGUGCCGAACUACCGACUGGGUGUGUUCGGCUUCCUGCGGUCGUCUAUUCUUGGCUUGAAAGGAAACCAAGGCCUGCACGACGUUCACGCCGCGCUGCUGUGGGUCAAGAACAACGCCGCGGCCUUUGGCGGUGACAUUAACAGUGUCACGGUGAUGGGCCAUCAGGUCGGAGCUGCCAUAAUCGGCCUGCUAAGUUCCAUAGGCGGAGCAUCGCAGCUUUUUCAUCGUGUCAUCAUGAUGAGUGGGUCACCCUACAUGCGCCACAGAAAGGAAGACAGCAAGGUGAAGACAGUGGAGCAAGAUCAGCUCAUACAAAAGCUAGGCUGCCGCGGGGAAUCCAAGGUUGUCCUCGACUGCCUGCGCAGCAAGACGGCUCAAACCAUGCUCGACUUCGCCAUACGACUGAAAAACUGGAAGACGAUGUUCAUACCGAAUGAGUACGAGGACAUACACGAUGACGCCAGCGUCGACCUGAGAAGCACGGCCAUUCCCAAGGACCUCAUCAUUGGCACGACGAUAAAUGAGGGCUCGUACUAUGCCAACCUGUUUCUGGAGACGUUCUCCAGGUAUGACGCCUCGAAGCUCACCCGAGUCGAAGCUUACAGGUAUCUCCAGGAGGUCACCGCGGGUCUAGGCUUCCACGGAUACAAAGAACUGGUCAGCUAUUACGACCAAAGGUACAAGGACCACAGUCCGGAGGCUUUUUUCGCGAACGCCAUUGGCGACAUAGUGAUUAACUGCCCAUGA